AUGUGGAAAGGCAAAUUCUCCUCCUCUAUCAUUAUUUUCUUCCUAAUACUAUGUUCAACUGCUAAUUCUAUAGUGAAAGCCUCCUUUGAAGAUGAAAUAGACAUUAAAAGAUCAGAUUUUCCAGAGGGGUUUCUCUUCGGAGCGGCUACUUCUUCGUAUCAAAUUGAAGGAGCAAAUUUGGAAGAUGGGAGGAGUCUCUGUAACUGGGACGUUUUUUGUCAGAUAAAAGGCAGCAUAGCAAAUGGAGAUAGCGCUGAUAUAGCUGAAGAUCACUAUCACCGUUACAUGGAAGACAUUGAGAUACUACAUUCUCUUGGGGUGGAUGCUUAUCGCUUUUCAAUUUCAUGGAGUAGAGUUCUUCCCAGAGGGAAAUUUGGUGGAGUAAACCAAGCAGGAAUCCUGUUCUAUAACAAGAUUAUAGAUAAUCUCCUGAGCAGAGGAAUUGAGCCAUUUGUGACAAUUCACCACUUUGACUAUCCUCAAGAACUCGAGGACAGAUAUGGGGGAUGGCUCAGCCCUCUGAUGCAGGAAGAUUUUAUCCACUUCGCUGAAAUAUGUUUUCAGAGUUUCGGUGAUCGAGUGAAGUAUUGGUGUACGAUCAACGAACCCAACUUAGUUUCAGAAUUUGCAUAUGAAAGGGGAACUUAUCCACCAGCUCAUUGUUCGCCUCCUUUCGGUAACUGUUCAACUGGCAAUUCAGAUGUCGAGCCUUUGAUUGCUGUGCACAACAUGUUAUUGGGGCAUGCCAAAACAGUUAAAAUAUAUCGUGAGCGUUUUAAGUCUGAACAAAGUGGUGUGAUUGGCAUUGUUAUACACUCAUUUAUGUACGAGCCAUUAACAGAGGAUAAGCUGGACAAGGAAGCUGCUGAUAGGGCCUUGGCUUUUAAUAUAGCUUGGAUUUUGGAUCCAGUUGUAUAUGGAGACUAUCCUCCAGAAAUGCGUCGUUAUCAUGGAAGUGAAUUGCCAAAGUUUGCCUCAGAGGAAAGAAUUAUUUUAAGAGAUAGCAUCGACUUUAUUGGGAUAAACCAUUAUGCUACCUUAUAUGCAAAGGAUUGCAUCUAUUCCAGUUGCAUUUGCAACGAUUCUAUCUGUACCAAAGGUAGUGACCGUGCAAUCCGGGGAUUUGUGUACACGGCUGCAGAGCAAGAUGGUGUUCCAAUUGGAGAACCUACAGGAAUGCCUCGAUUUUUUGUUGUUCCACGGGGCAUGGAGGAGAUUGUUGAAUAUGCUAAGAAGAGAUACCUUAACAAGCCAUUGUUUGUGACAGAAAAUGGUUAUUCCUCUCCCCAAAACCAAGUUGAGGAUUACCAUCAUGAUGUGAAGCGGAUUAAUUAUCUCAAAUCUUAUCUUGCAUUUCUAGCUCAAGCUAUAAGGAACGGUGCUGAUGUACGCGGUUACUUCUUAUGGACAUUGAUGGAUGAUUUUGAAUGGUCCAACGGAUAUAGUGUCAGAUUUGGAAUUUAUCACGUUGAUCGUCAAACAUUGAAUAGAACUCCAAAGCUUUCCGCGAGUUGGUUUAGAAAUUUCUUGAGCAAUCGUAGCCCCAAUUAUGUUGAAUCAAGUAAUGCUAUUUCAUUCAUGAAUAAAGAUGUAUCAAUGGCUCAAUCUGAAUGA